AUGCUGCUGUGCCUGCUCUACUCCAUCUUCCUGCUGCCGGAGACCACUGCGCCCUAUACGCCGCCUCAAGACGAGAGCUGCGGCUGCUGCAAGGGGAUCUUCCGCCCCCAGCUGGUGCGCGACGCGCUCAAGACGUCCCUGAUGAAGCGGCCUCACCACGGGCGCUCGGUCAUCCUCAUCGUCAUCUUCGUGCUCGUCACUGGUGUCCUCAUCUCCCAAGGUGAAGGCGUAGCCAACUACCAGUUCGUGAACGCCAAAUUCCAUUGGACGCUGGAGCAGAACCUUCUAUAUGGAUUCUUCAACCAUGGGACCUCUGUUGUUGGUACCUUGGUGGCCGUGACGGUGUUCGUGCGGUGGCUCAAGUUGGGCGACGGCUGGAUAGCCCUAAUCACCUUCUCCUGCAAGAUCACUGCCUCCAUAAUUUACGCCAUAUCGCCAGAGUCGUGGUUCAUGUUUCUGGAGUAUAUUCAGAGAAAGCAUCGUGCAGCUGUAUUCUUCGCCAUGGCCACCACUCCUCCACUCCGGCUCUACAGGUCUCCUGCCAGUGAAAUGUGUUCUGAUUGCUUUGCAGGCGGAGCUAUCGCUUCCUUCGGAACGCUGAUCUGGGUUCUGGCCAGGGCAAUGUUGACGAGACUGGUCGCCAAGGACGAGAUAGGCCAGGUGUUCGCGCUGGCGGUCACCCUGGAGGCGUUGACUCCUCUGGCGGGGCCUCCCAUCUACAGCGCCGUCUUCAAUGCAUCCAUCAAUUCCUUCCCUGGAGCCUAUCACCUGUUGUCCGCCGGGAUCAUGGCACUCGAUCUCGCCGUGCUGCUGUUUGCUGUUUACCUAACCCGCGGAGCGAAGAAGGAGGGUCAGCAGCGGCAGGAAGAGGAGGCGACCCCGCCGCCCGCGUGA